UAGAUACCGUUCUGUAACCGCGGCAUGUUGAACCGGAGCAUGAUGAAAACGCUUCGCAUUGCAUUGCUGCCAGAGUACCUGCUUUGCAUUUCCUUUGUUUUGUUUUUCGGUUUUCAAAUUUCAACUAUCGACAUUUUAAGCUCAAGCCUCGCACGAAAAUCAAUUCCGUCCCCCGUACGGACAUGUCUCAAGAAACGUAUAAAGGUUUAAUAAAGUAUCUAGAUGCCCUAGAAUACCCCGACUCGCAAAACCUCAAUUUUUCCAAUGAAAAGACAGUCAGAGAAAUUGUCCUCUGGCUGGAAACCAACAAGCUUAAAAGUGCUAAGAGCAGUGUCCUUAAAGGUUUACAAAGCCAAAACUCCGAAGAGUGGAAUAAACAUUUCGAAGAAUACACAGGUUCCUGCGGAGGCUUCUCUUUCAACUCUCCUUUAGAAAAACUCCAUUGGUUGCUGGCAAAAGCUUUGUGUAAUGAAUAUGCCAAGAAUAAACAAUUGUACAACUCUCAUGCUGUUGAAAAAAUCAAGGCUUCAAACGUGCCCAAGGUAGUUGCUGAAAACCCUCUGGAUCGACUUGAUUACUCCACUCAAGAGAGUAAAGACAGGAUAAACGAAUUAGCCAAGCUUCUCAAAAUAACACCUUCUCCAGAUCAUUUGGUAACAUUGAGCGCAGUAAGGAAAGUAAUCUGUUCAAGACUGUCUUUGGAUUGUGCUAAAAAUCCUGAAAAUGUUAUUGUUAAGGGUACACCGUUUCCUUACAAAGAAGUCCCAAUGGGCAAGGAUUUCAAAGAUCCAUCACUUAACGAGGCAGUGAAAAUUUUGCAGUUGCUAAACAUCGGCGAUAUCAGGGAUUUGCAAACUAAAGCAAGCGAACUUAUUGUUACCAAACAAAAAGCAACUGCAGAUCCGAAAACUGACACGAAAAUUGGAAAAGUUGGAGUCAAUGGGAAAUAAAUUUUCUCUGCAUAAACAAACCAAAUGAACAAUUUAAAAAACAGUUUUUAUUAUUAAUUUACAAUAGUUUCUUUAUGUUGUGGAUUCUCUCAUGGGAUUCUUAUCAAAUAUUUCUGAUAUUCCCAGAAGUAUUGCACCUUGAAAGAAUUUGUUUUGUAAUAAAAUAAAUGAAAUCAUUAUGAAUGAUUGUUUUUACCUGUUCCCAAAGCUGUGGUAAAUAUUCUAGCUCUUGGUUUAUAGGUUUUGGCUGUAUGAAUUAAAUAAAUGCCGAUGCUGGGAAAACAGAGAAUAGCGAUAAUUUUGCAAGAAAGACAACUUUUUUUUACAUUAUUUUUCAUAUGCUUUUCUGAGUUUUCCAUUUUUAAAUUUUCAUAAUUUUAAAAUUAAAAAUAACCAAAUAACCUCAACUUAUUUUUAGAUGAAGAAAAUUGGGAUCUAG